GGCUCGGGGCUCCGGACUCGCACAGGCGGCGGCUGGCGCGGAGCGAGAUGCAGCGGCCCGGACGCACCCUGCUGUGCCUGCUGCUGGCGGUGGCGGCCCCCACGGCCCCCGCGCCGGCUCCCACGGAGACAACGGCUCCAGCCGAGCCAGGCCCGGCUCUCAGCUACCCGCAGGAGGAGGCUACUCUGAACGAGAUGUUCCGCGAGGUUGAGGAGCUGAUGGAGGACACGCAGCACAAGCUGCGCAGCGCGGUGGAGGAGAUGGAGGCCGAAGAAGCUGCUGCUAAAACAUCACCAGCAGUGGCCUUGGCAAGCUUACCCGCCGUCUAUGACAACGAGACCAACACAGACACCAAAGUGGGAAAUAGUACCAUCCACGUGCACCGAGAAAUUCACAAGAUCACCAACAACCAGACUGGACAGACGGUCUUUUCAGAGAUGGUUAUUACGUCUGUAGGAGAUGAAGAGGACCGAAGGAACCACGAGUGCAUCAUCGAUGAGGACUGCGGCCCCUCCAGGUUCUGCCAGUUCAGCAGCUCCCAGUACACCUGCCAGCCCUGUUGGGACCAGCAGAUGCUCUGUACCCGGGACAGCGAGUGCUGUGGAGACCAGCUGUGUGUCUGGGGUCGCUGCACCGAAAAGGCCACCAGAGGUGGCAAUGGGACCAUCUGUGACAACCAGAGGGACUGCCAGCCUGGGCUGUGCUGCACCCUCCAGAAAGGCCUGCUGUUCCCUGUGUGUUCUCCACUAUCCUUGGAGGGUGAACUGUGCCGUGACCCUGCUGUGGGAGUGGUAGACCUCAUCACCUGGGAAGUGGAGCCCGACGGGGCUUUGGACCGGUGCCCCUGCACCAGCGGCCUCCUCUGCCAGCCCCAUGGCCACAGCCUGGUAUAUACAUGCAGACGGGCCUUCGACGGCAGCCGUGACCCCAACGGCGAGAGCCUGCUGCCUGGGGAGGCCCUGGCUAAGGAUGAGGACGGCGACUUCAUGGAGGAGGUGCGCCAGGAGCUGGAGGAGCUGGAGCAGAGCCUGACCCGGGCCAUGGUGCCUGGGGAGCCUGCUGCCACUGAGCUGCUGGGCGGAGAGGAGAUCUAGAUCUCGACGGGGCCGUGGGUAGACGUGGAAUAGAAAUAGCUAAUUUAUUUCCCAGGUGUGGGCUGGCCAGGCUUUCCCUAGGUCUCCUUCCUAGUAAAUUUCCCCUUUGGGUUGACAAAACGAGGUGCUGGGCAUUUGUUCAUUUGCUCCAACUGCACUCCAGGUGUCCUUAAUCUGUGCCAGGUGGGAUGGGGCUGGUGCAGGUAAAACCCAGCUGCCUCGGUCAGUGGCCCACUCACCCCUACAGGUCGACAUCGGUUUGUUCUACAUCAAUUUAAGAAGUUUGAAGGUGGGUGGAAAAUGAGGCAGUGACUGCCUAGGAUAGGUUUGGGGAAUGUGGGGUGGGCCCUGCUUGGCAGACGUCAGCCUGCAGAAGUGCAGUGAGUGACUGUGUGUGGGGUCUCUCCCUGGGCACAGGCGGCGGUGCUCCCUGCGCUCUAUGCACGCUCUAUGCACGCUCCUCUGCUCAGCCGUUUUGUUCAGGUCCUACCUCGCUCGUCAGGAUAGAAUUUGCAUACUCACCUUUGAGAGUCGCCACAACCUGGGGAUGGGAGUGUGGCGGGGGCUCAGAGAACAUAAGCGACCUGCCCGAGUCACGUGGCAAGUGAAGCCCAGACUGAGUUUUCCUGUGUGAGUCCACACCCAGCAUUCUCCCAGUUAACCCACACCAGUCUCAGUGCCACCAACAGAACCCAUCAGAGGCGAGAUAGAUCAUAAGAUCUGAGCCUGGAAAUAAGGUCAAAGCAGUUCCCAGAGCUCUGUCAGAAGCAGCAGCGUGGGGUGGCCGUCCUUCCAGUGGGGACCAGUGUGUGGACGCUCUCUCCCAGUCACGUCUGCAUGUGUAACUUCGAAGGUACAUGAUUAGAUCAGAGAAGCAUGAAUGCAUGCCUAGGUCAUUACAAGGCCCAGACGGGGAAUGAGAUUUGCAAAGUCACUUAGCAGCAACUGAAGACCAGUAUCAAGCACGUGGAGAAAAUCAAACCAAGCCAGGCUCUGUGAAAUGUGGGCGUAAUAUCCAAACAGAGAGCGUCGAACUGGAUGUCAUUCCCCAGAUGAUAUUUUUGGUUGGUGAGAACCUUUUCCAUAAUGUCUUCAUCCACAGUUACUAAACUUUAAAGUUGCACAUGAUUGUAUUAGCAUGCUUUCUUUGGUUUUAAAUUCUGUGUAAACACACCUGUUGCACUUAGAAAUUAAGCAUAAAUCACUUUGACUACUCUUUUGUAGU